AAAGCCGCCAAAAUACGCAAAAAGGUGACCACGAAGAAAGCCAGCGUUGUUUCCACAGUUGACGAAGAUAACAACAAUACCAACAACAACAAUAACAAUAGCAACAACUACAACUACAACAACGCUAGGCAGCUAAAGACAGCAACAACAACAACAACAGCAACAACAGCAACCCCAACAACAACUAGAAUCCCAACUCCAAUUGCAACAACAGGCACAGCCACGGCUACAGUCGAGCUGAAUAACCGUUACGCAGCAGCAGCAAUCGAAGAGGAAGAGGAAGAAGACGAACAAAUCAACAUGGACGAAACACAGCAUUUCUGUCUGCGAUGGAACAACUAUCAGAGCAGCAUCACAUCGGCAUUCGAGAAUCUUCGCGACGACGAGGACUUUGUCGACGUGACGCUCGCCUGCGAGGGACGGAGCAUAAAGGCCCAUCGCGUCGUCCUCUCCGCAUGCAGCCCCUACUUCCGCGAUCUGCUGAAGGUGAGUUGGCAUCCAUUUCUAAUA